CGAGCGGGGCCCACCUGUACCCGCCUCGCGAACUGCGCUCCUUCCCAAAGGCUCAGGAGCCCCCGGCCGUAAAUACGGUAACGCGCGCAGGCGGCGUAGAAACAAAGAGAGGAACGUGGUAACGCGCACCUCCGUUUCCUAGCCCAGUCUUUCUGCGCGCGGAACUUACGUAAUGGGUGUGGGGACCCGGGAGAGCGGCGAAUAAAAUGCUCCCUCCGCACCUCAGUGAUGGAAGGGAGGGAAAUUUUAAAAUAGAAAUGUCCCCACUUCUUCCUGCUCCCAAGCUCUGAAACGGCUCCCGAAGUGGAACUCAAAGAAAGGACCACCCUCCCGGCAGGAUUUGUCGCCUCUAACUUUUGAUGAGAUUUAACCAAACUGACCUGAAGUCAAGUUUGGGAAACCGACCCCGACCCCGAGUACUGGUGAACUGGAAAUGUCAUCUAGCCAGGAAUAAACUGCUUGGCUUCUGGUACCAGCCCUGCUCCUGGCGCGAAGCGGGCGCUCGGUGACUGCGGAGAGAGGAGGUGGGCUGGAGGUAAAGCGCAGCCCUGAAGUCGCCUCGGAAGGACCCUGCGAGGAGCAGCAGGGGUGAUGUCAUCGCAGCGCGACGACAGGAAGUGAGCUGCCGGCUGCUGCGCGCGAGGUCCCGGGCUGCGGUGACAGCACCGCGAUCUCCUCUCUCGUCUUCCCGCCGCGAUGGACGAAGCCUGCGAGUCGCCCACGGAAAAGGGUGGCGACACAGGGGCGUCCGACGAGACGGCCGCUGCUCCCGGGGGCCCCGGGGCUACUGACGCGGACGGAAUCCCGGAGGAAACUGACGGGGACGGAGACGGGGACCUGAAGGAAGCCGCGGCUGAGGAAGGCGAGCUCAAGAGUCAGGACAUCUCAGAUUUAACGGCAGGUGAAAGGGAAGACUCAUCAUUACUCACUCCUGCGGCCAAAAAACUGAAAAUAGACACGAGAGAAAAGAAAGAGAAGAAGCAGAAGGUCGACGAGGAUGAGAUUCAGAAGAUGCAAAUCCUGGUUUCUUCUUUCUCUGAGGAGCAGCUGAACCGAUACGAAAUGUACCGCCGCUCGGCGUUCCCGAAGGCGGCCAUUAAAAGGCUGAUCCAGUCCAUCACUGGCACCUCCGUGUCUCAGAAUGUGGUCAUUGCUAUGUCUGGCAUUUCCAAGGUGUUCGUCGGGGAAGUGGUAGAAGAAGCACUGGAUGUGUGUGAGAAGUGGGGAGAAAUGCCACCACUGCAACCCAAACAUAUGAGGGAGGCUGUUCGGAGGUUAAAGUCGAAGGGGCAAAUACCCAACUCGAAGCACAAAAAAAUCAUCUUCUUCUAAGACCAAAGCCUAGAAAGGCCUGGUGCUGGAGGACAUCUGGUUCGACUUCAGAUUGCAGACUGUGCACUGGUGCUUUAGUAUCUGCCCAAGAUUUUAAUGUCUUUCUCAAAACUGAUGUUCAUCACAGCCAGAAGGCACAGCCAGAAGGCAUGCAGUUCAUACAGGCCUUGACUAACCAUUGGCACCUGAGGGCAUUCUGAGGCCUUCCACUGUCUUGGCUAGUUGGAGGAAAAGCACUGGGCCUUAAGCGUCUUCUGGAUGGCAGAGCGGCUUUCAAAGAAAACCUUUCCAGGAGAACCUUGAUGGUUUCACAUUGAAGCCUGAAGUUGCUAUGUCUUAGGUUGUUUCUUACACCUGGUUUUAAGUGGAUGAAACAACAAGAAACUUUUGACUUGUGAGACACUAACAUGAAGGACAUGCUACAGGAGUAGUGGAAUAGUUUGUCCCGUUAACAUUUAAGAUUCUCCUAUGGAUUUUGGUGAGUGGUCAUUAAACUGUUUUCCAACUUGUCA